GAGGGAGAAGGAAAGACGCGCGCGCGGGGAGAGAAAGUUUAAUCCUGCACUAACAGCUGUGUGGAGCUGUGGUGUGUGUGUGUGUGUAUGUGGGUGUGGGUGGGUUAUGUGUGUGUGAGAACUGGCUGAAGAUUGCAUGCAACUUUCUUUGCGUGGGAAGAAUUAAAACUUUUACUCAGUGUCCCGCCGGAUCGUCCUGCGCGCCGCGAGCUGGCCACAGCUGCUUGAAAUAGAAUCCAUACAGGAAUCAUGAGUAGUAAAACACUUCCAGCUCCUGUACCUCUUCACCCAUCCCUCCAACUGGCCAAUUAUUCCCUCCUGCAAACCUCCAACGGCUUCCACCUUCCCGCCGAUCAGAUGCCUGGCAUCUACAGCUUCAGUGCUCUUCACGCCGUCCACUUGCACCACUGGACGCUGGGAUAUCCUCCAUUUUUGCCCCGCUGCACAUUCUCUCGUUUCCCUCUUCCCUCCAUCCCGCUCCUCCCUCAACUCAUGCAUCCAGCCAAACAGGAAGCCAAGAGCAAGCCGCGAUUUGACUUCGCCAACUUGGCCGCUGCUGCCACUCAGGAAGAGCCGCUGAAGGCAGAGGAUCUGAGCAUGUCCGUCGGCGCCGGAGGGCACACCAACGUGCCCUCACUAGGCUGCCUACUCGACGUGGCCAAGCUGGCUUCACCCGAGAGGAAGCCGAGCAGAGGGCGGCUGCCUUCCAAAACCAAGAAGGAGUUUGUGUGCAAGUUCUGUGGCCGCCAUUUUACCAAGUCCUACAAUCUGCUAAUCCACGAGCGCACACACACGGACGAGAGGCCGUACACGUGCGACAUCUGCCACAAGGCCUUCAGGAGGCAAGAUCAUCUCCGAGACCACAGGUAUAUCCAUUCCAAAGAGAAGCCGUUUAAAUGCCAGGAGUGUGGAAAAGGUUUCUGUCAGUCCAGGACUCUGGCCGUCCACAAAACAUUACACAUGCAAGUCAAAGAGCUCAAACCCGCCAAGAUAAAGUGAGGUCACGCUGCAUUAGCCAAUGGGGACACUGGAAAGCCAAAGACCCAAGGACAGCAGCCAAUAGCAAUAGCAUUGUGACCAAAGAGUGAAAGGUGCAAGACUCCUCAAGAAAUAUGAUAUCAAAAUAUGGACCUACAGAGCCAAGUGCUCUCUCUCGCCCAACCCCCACCCCCUUCCCCCCCUUUUCUUUCUUUUUUUUCUCUUCCUGAACCUGCAACCACAUGCUGGUUCUGAAUAAGAAUCGGAUUUUAAUAAGUGAGGUCAAGCUGAAACAGCCCGUGGGAUCGCAGGAAAUCCAGAACCAAUCGAGAGAGCCAAAACCAAAACAUGAGCAAAGCAUGAGAGGUGCAAGACACGAAUGGAUACCAUAACAACAUGGGUGUAUUUGGGGAUCGCCGUGGAUUUAAAGUGAGAUCCUAAAAACACCUCAAAGACAAUCAAGUCCAUCAGGCAGCAUUGAGAGCCAGGUGCAAAAAAAAAAAACACUCUUCUUCCACAUUACCAAAGAAGCUAAAGGUGCCAUAGUCCAGCUGACACCGUACCAGGUUAUGGAUUUAUGGAUCUGAGUGUUUGACAGCAAUGCAGCUGGGUGGAGAGGCAGAAGUAGCCGGUGAGGAGGAUGUGGAAAAUCCAGCUGUGCAAACCAAACCAAAGAAACUCGAUCAAGAUAACCAAAGAAAAGAGAGAACGUCUAGAGCUAGAGUUAAAUUGAUAUGAUGCCCAAGUAUGGAUUAACGGAUUGCUGAAGUUUAUAAAACAAUGCAUAAUCGGACACGUUCGGAUCUAAGUAGCGUCAGACUUUGAAUCUUUGGGAUUUUGGUAAGCGAUGGAUGGAACGGAUCAAAUCCAGAGGUCAGACUUGAGUGUACAAAAACACGACCUGAGACUUAUUUUUUCUGUCCACGCUGAUGAAUUCAUCAGUUUAUUGUUAUCGAUGAGACUAUUUUCCAGAAGCCUACGAGGCUCUGCAAGACAAUCUUGAUAUCAGAAACACAAAAAGCCAUUAAGUCGACUAGCCAAAGCCACAUUCCAAUUUUGUAUUUUUUGUACAGAUUUACUUUUUGUAUAACUGUUAUUUGGCACUUUAAUCGGUUUAUGGAUUAUUUACAUAUAUCACUGGAUUCCUUAAACUUAUUUUAAAAAAAUAAAUAGUCAUUUU